UGGCUGCAGAGAAGCUGGACUGACUGACUUUUGUGGUUCUGCUUUGAAUGGUUCUUGUGGUUUAUUAUUUUUUAGUGGUUCUUGUGGUUCUGCUAUCCAGCACGCCUGCAGGCGCUGAAGGGAAGACGCAUUGUGGGAGGUUUUCUGACCAAAGAAAGUCGACAACGCGAGAUGACGGCCGCCACCAGGCUCCUGGAGGACAUGUGUCACCUGAGCGCUCAGUCUCUAAACAGACUAGACACGGCGAAGCACUUCAAGGUGGUCAAGCUGCUAGGUCAAGGGUCGUACGGGAAAGUCAUGCUGGCCGUGCACAACAAAAGCGGUACUCCCAUGGCCCUGAAGUUCUUCCCUCGCAAGUCCACUCCCCUGCCGUCCUUUCUGAGGGAGUACAACCUCUCCUUGUGUUUCUGCACGCACCCGUCUCUGAGCCGCGCCGUGGGCAUCGCCUACUUCACGCCCUCGCACUAUGUCUUCGCCCAGCAGGCCAGCCUCUUUGGCGACCUCUUCGACAUAAUCGUGCCCGAGGUGGGGCUGGAGGAGGACUGCACCCAGCGGGUGGUGUCGCAGCUGUGCGGCGCCCUGUCCCACCUGCACUCGCUGGGUUUUGUCCACAGAGACGUCAAACCUGAAAACGUCUUCCUGUGUGACUCCGCCUGUCGAUGGGUCAAGCUGGGCGACUUCGGGAUGGUGAAGUCCAAAGGCAGCAAGGUACCAGAGGUGUGGUAUUGCUCCCCCUACUGCACCCCUGAAGCUGAGGUGGCCCGCGGCAACGUGGACAGCCGGAGCGACCAGAAGCCAGACAACAGAGUCCAGGUGAAGACAGACGAGGAGAAGAACCGGCGCCCGCGGGUUUUGUCUUCAGUGGAGCCCAGCACGGACACCUGGGCCUUGGGCAUCCUGACCUACGCCAUGCUGACCGGCACCCACCCUUGGGCUCAGACCUGCAGCGACUGCAGCUCUUACCUCAAAUACCUCCAGUGGUUCAACGCUGCCAAGAGCCCUGAGGACGACCUGGACGUGUGGGCGGAGCCAUCGCAUCCGGACGCGGAUUCACCGAAGGCGGACACCGGUGGGAAAGAACGCCCCCUCUUGGCGCCCCAGUUUGCUUGCUUCACCCCGUUGGCCCGUGCUUUCUUCCAUUUGCUCCUUGACCCCAGCCCAGAGACUCGCGGGCGACCCGAGGACGCGCUGGCGUACCUGGGAGGGGCGUGGCUACGGGAGGGGGAGCGCACUCGGCUGGACGAGGAGAGGAGGAAGAGCAGAGGGAAAGGAGCCAUGAAGAACGUGAAGGAGACGGAGGGGAGAGGACAGAGAUGAAGUCAUUGGUUAUGGUUACUUGCUCAGAGGUGCUAAUGCUAAUUAACCUGUAGACCAUGGGUGUCAAACUCUGGCCCGCGGGCCAAAUUUGUAAUUUCAUUUGGCCCUUGAGGCGAUAUCAAAUUAACACUAAAGCUGGCCCGCCGAUCCUCCCGGUAGUCUUCCAAACGCCAGCCAGCCAGCUAGUGCUGGCCCAGUCACAUAACAUGUGCAGCUUCUGCACGCACACACAUUAGAAUGCAACGCAUACUUCAUCUACAGCGAUACA